AUGGUUCAUUCAGAAAUUCUUCUAAGUAAAAAGAAAAUGCCUCCAUGGAAUAAACCUGCAGCUGGUAUUUUGAAGAUCAAUGUGAGUGGUCACUCUGAUGAAGAGAUUGUUUUGUCUUCUAUUGGUUGCUUCAUGCGGAGUAACUCGGGUCAUUUUUUUUGUGGAUAUUACGGUACUAGAGAUUUUGCAGAUCCGGUAUAUACCGAUUUGUUGGCUAUAUAUUAUGGGUUUAAAUUAGGCGAUGAUGAAGAUCAAAGAUAUAUUGAGGUUGAGUCUGACUCAGCAACAAUAGUUCAUCUUGUCAAUAAUCCCAACCACAACUCAAAUUAUAGUGAUAUUGUUUUAAAUAUACGUAGAUUAAAGGACAUGGCAGCACAACCUUGUAUUCUUCGAUACGUGGAAAGAUCUUCAAAUCUUAUGGCUAUAAGAUUGUCAUCGUAUUCAAUCGAGAAAAGAUUACCAAUUACACGUUUGAAUUCAUGUCCAGCAGAACUGUUCGAAGAACUUGCAGCUGAUUGGUAUUAUUCAGCCUAG